AUGUUGCAUGGCACUAGUGCAGGGCCAACCACAGUAAAGACAAAUGUGACUACUUCGACUAGCAGUACAUCCACGAUCAAGAGCAAGGAUAUCUCCUUGCUUAUUGAAAGUUUGAUCAAGUCCAUUCAAAUGCUCACAGCAGCUGCGACUGGAGGAAUUGCAAAGCAGAAUGGGAGUCAGACUGCGACUGCGAGCAGACCACCAGUCACGAAUAGAAAUCCGAGUGGAUCCUGUCACUAUUGCGGAGAAGCCAGAGGCAUGACCGGAACAUGCAAGCAUAUCGAGGAGGGCAUUAAGAGUGGCAAGUGCAUGUGA